GCUUUCCCCAGAGUUCCAUUUAAGCAUCAAGCUUCUUUUAGCUACGGACCGCCGAACCAUUUUUUAGUGCAGACUCUGUUAUGGGUCGGCGUUGUUAGUCUUACAAUUGUUUCUUACUAUUGUCAUUUUAGCAUAGAGUCGGCCUAUUAAGCGAGCCAAUCAUGGCGGAGAGUUCAGUCAAAAAGGGUAAUACGAAUACCGAGCAGCAACUGGGCGAGGACGUUGCUGUUGGGAUUGGGGAUGCCAGUACGAUACCUAAGGGCACAAUUGACCCCGUAUACGAGGCCAAAGCGAGAGUUUUGAAUAGAGCGAUUCAGGAUAUCGGCAUGGGAUGGUACCAAUGGCAGCUCUUCAUCGUCGUAGGUUUCGGCUGGGCGUCCGACAAUCUUUGGCCGAUCGUCACGUCGCUCAUAUUCACGUCUAUCACUAACGAAUUCCAUCCGUCGCGCCCUCCGCUGCUAAGUCUUGCUCAGAACAUCGGCCUGCUCUUCGGGGCAGUAUUCUGGGGCUUUGGCUGCGACAUCUUUGGCCGGAGAUGGGCUUUUAAUCUAACUCUUGGUAUAACGGCAGUGUGGGGGAUGAUAGCUGCCUCUGCGCCUAAUUUCGCUGCCAUUGGGGUCUUCGCCGCGUUUUGGUCGUUUGGCGUUGGUGGCAACUUACCGGUCGACUCUGCAAUCUUCCUCGAGUUCCUCCCUGGAUCUCACCAAUACUUACUUACUAUCCUCUCUAUCGACUGGGCCCUUGCCCAAGUUAUAGCUAACUUGAUUGCGUGGCCGCUGCUGGGGAACUUUACCUGCCAACAGACGGAUCCGGACUGCACCAGGGCCAAGAAUAUGGGCUGGCGCUAUUUCAUGAUCACGAUGGGCGGGCUGACGCUUAUCAUGUUCGUUCUUCGUUUCUUCUGCUUCACCAUCUACGAGUCGCCCAAGUAUCUCAUGGGGAAGGGGUUGGAUAAGGAAGCAGUGCGCAUAGUCCAUGAAGUGGCACGGCGAAACAAGAAGUCCUCGUCGUUGAUCGUCGAAGAUUUGAAAGCUUGCGAACCGGACGGAUACGAAAAUAGGGCAACUGCGAAUGAUGCCGUAAAGCGUAAGUUGGAAAGCAUUAAUCUUACUCAUAUCCGGUCUCUAUUUGCUACAGGGAAGCUGGCGUAUAGCACAGGGGCGCUAAUGGUGGUAUGGGCUUUUAUCGGUCUCGGAUACCCAUUGUAUAAUGCUUUUCUCCCAUACAUUCAGAGCACUCGCGGUGUAGAUUUUGGCGACGGGUCAACUUACAUCACGUACCGCAACUCGCUCAUCAUCGCCGUGCUCGGUGUACCUGGUGCUCUUGCUGGCGGCGCUCUUGUCGAACUACCGCAUUUCGGACGAAAAGGCGCUUUAAGUUUAAGCACAAUCUUAACAGGUGUCUUCCUCUAUUGCUCGACUACUGCGACCAACUCAUCAAGCCUGCUGGGCUGGAACUGCGCCUACAACUUUACCAGUAAUAUUAUGUAUGCCGUCUUAUAUGCUUUCACACCCGAGCUAUUUCCGACAAAGGACCGAGGCACCGGCAAUGCACUGACUGCGACCUCGAACCGCAUAUUCGGCAUUAUGGCCCCUAUUGUUGCCAUGUUUGCCAAUCUAGAGACAUCGGCCCCGGUCUACACGAGUGGCGCAUUGUUCGUUGCGGCCGGACUUCUCGCGGGGACAUUACCAUUCGAAUCCAGGGGAAAAGCCAGUUUAUAGGGAGCCCCCUUUCUAAUUGUAUUAGCAGAAGCUCGGACGAGGGGUCACAUUCAUCGGCUAGAGGCUAGCACCGAAGUUAUAAGCCUUAUUGUUCACUAUUGUAUAUUUUUACGGUACUGAAACGAUAUCCUACCUUGUUAUAUGAUCUCGGGCUACGGAAACCCUUUUAUUACCUGACAUUUUUAUCACCUAAAAUCUUGUCGCUGCUUGAGGAACUUGAGGAAUGUUUGGCAAUGUGGCAUGUUAUAUUCAGGUUCACAGCGAGCACUAAUGGUAUAAUAACAUGAGGAUAUAAAUGGGUUAAAAUCAACACUGUUGGACUACAAUAGGUCUAAACA